GUUUGAUUUUAAACAAAUUUCAAAUAUUAGUAGUUGAUCAUGUUCAUAUUUAAGUCCAUAUAUCUCAAAUUUAUCACAAUUAAAUAUUUUACAUUAUCAACCCAACUUAUUGCGCUAGCCCGAAACUUGAGUUUUAGGGUUAGGACUAAACCUUUAUAACCCAAAAAAUAAUCCAAAUAGCCCACGCCCGAUUGACCCACAACCCCAGUAGGGUCAGCCCAAAACCCUUUGGCCAACCCGAUUAACAUCCCUAGUCUCAUCGAAGAUGACACAUUUCUCAGUCGGUACGAAAUUUUAUGAGUUUAACCUGGUUUAUUAUAGACAUAAAUAACAAAAGAACAUAGAUAGUGAGUUGAAUAUUUUAUUAGUGAGAAAAAAAUAGUUAUGUGUACUAAUUUGAGAGAGAAAGAUACCAAAAAUUAAAAAUGUAACAUCUUGAUAGAAACAAAGGGAGUAGUAUAUAAUUAUUAAUUUAAAAAAUUUAAGAUAAAACUUACUCCAUCAAAUUAUCAAAAGUGAGAAUAGAUUACCAUUAACCUUGGUUAAUGACACAAAUUUUUAAGCAUAUAGUAAAAUAUGUUGGAGAUGGGAAAAAUAUGAUAGAUAUAGUGUUUGUGAAUUAUAAGGAACACAUUACAAAAUGAUGGAUGGUUAAACUGGUCUUAAAAAUCAGCUCAUACUCAUGUUUCCCAAGUACCCAUGAAAUUAUACUCGUUACAAAAUGAUGGAUGGUUAAACUGGUCAAAAUUAUACUCUUGUUAUCAGUUUCGAUGAAGGUUCAAUUAUUAUAUGUUUGCCAGUAAUUAUUUGAAUAGUUGUGGCAGCACCGUGAUGCGAAAGAAGACUAUAGUUUGAAGAAAUAAAUAGAUACUACUAAUUCGAAAAGAUAAUUUCCAAAUCGUUGGGAUUAAAAAUAGUUGACCUCAGAUUGCUGAUGACAUCAAGAGAAUUCAGACGGUAAUUCCAGAUAUAUUGAUAUUUUUAAUCAUCACAGGUCUCACUUUCACUAACCAAUCCAAUAAAAUGAAAUCAAAGCGUCAAAUUGGAAUAAAUGGUUUCAAAUUCGAAAAUGGUUUUGGUCAACAAAUCAUUUUGAAAAAGAAAUGGAAUAAAUGCUUAAAAUCUGGCCUCAGAUAGUCGAUCUAAAACAUCAAGAUAUUUUCAGACGGUAAUUCCAGAUAUAUAAAUAUGUUUCGAUCCUCAUUGACCUCGAUGAAAACAGAAGUUUCAAUCCAAUUUUCCACGCGAAUAAUAAAAUUGAAAAAAAAUUGUAAUCGCACAAAACGGCUCCGUGAACGAACGGUGAAUAUCGAUCCACAGGUUCCUAUCAGGAUACGAAAGAGUUUGAUAUUGGUUCAAUCAUGACAUCGCCGGUCAUAGCCGUUGCUACCGGCGACGUGGCAUCGAACCGUCGGCGCAGGGAAAAUACAAAAGAAAAUAAUGAAAAAACAAAACUUUAAAACCUCACAUAGACAUAGAAUAGGCGGCGGCUAAGGCGCCGCGACCGACCACCGACCGAUUAACGUCACAUAGACAUAGAAUAGGCGGCGGUGGAUGGAAGCGGCGGACGGAGCCAAACGCUGCGUUUUAAAGUGUCAUACGGCACUUCCUAUUAUUCUUGGGAUUUCUUCAUCAUUGGAGUUGAAAAAAAAUAGAGACAAUAUGACAUAGGUGAUGUGAGCUGCUGCUGCUGCGGCGGCGAAAGGGAUAUGAAGAUGGAGAACGAUGUAAUUGAGCUGUGGAGUGGAGCUCGAGAAUUUAAAGGGAAUGGUUUAAGGUUUGGGGUUUUAGGGUUUGAGUUGGUAGAAAGUUGGGAAUUUGCAAAUCAGCCCACACAUUAUGUUUCUUCUACAUAAUAGUCCCUUUCCUUUUAUCAACUUCAAUAUUUUAAAAUUUCAAUACUGAAUUUCAAAUUUCAUGAACUGUGACUCACUCCGAUCCUCCGCCGUCUAAAUCGCCGGCAAUUGUGCCGCCUACGUCCCCGCUCGUACACACACCAACAUACAAGAAACGUGUGAUGUUGAUGUGCGGCGACACCACUUGGGUGGGGGAAAAGCCGCUGAGGAAAGUGGGGGGAAUGUCUGACGCCCUAUCCAUCGCCGCUGAUCUCGGUUUCUCCGUCGCGCCGCCGCCUUCUCAGGAGGAUAUUCAGAAUUUAUCUGGUGCAAAAGGGGAUGAUUUGAUAAGGAUAUUAAGAGAAUUGACUGUUGUACAGAGAAAAAUAGCGGAUCUGCAAGUUGAACUUCAAGGCAGAAAGGAAGACAAGAAUGUGGCUCAUUUGACGCAUGUAAGUGAAAUGGAGAAGAAGAUGGAGACUUUAGCUCGAAUUUCCACUAUUUUGAAAGAUGUUAUUCAGAACAAGGACCGUAUUAUAGCUCGCCUUCAGCAACCUUACUCGUUGGAUUGCAUACCUGUGGAAGCUGAGUUUCAGAAACAAUUUUCAGAAUUGCUAAUGAAGGCAGCAAGUGAUUAUGGGGCCUUAACAGCUUCCGUUGCUGAUAUUCAGUGGAGCCAAAAUUUUAAAGAACCACCUACAGUAUGGGGGGAAAUUCUCCGUCCAAUUCCUGUUGCUUUGGCAUCUUGCACCCGAUUCUUUGAAGCGAUGACUGCAAUGAGGGAGUCAUUCGCCAAACUUCAGACCCUAAGAGUCGGUCAUUCUUCUCACAGAGCGAUGACAGAAUCCGACUGUGUGAUACCUCCAGCAUGGAGAAAUGAAUCAAGUUUGGAUGUUUAAGCGGUUGGAAGGGCAGGUAGUGAAUGACAGGAAGGGGACGCUGCAAGCUGUUGGCUGUGAGGCCAGUGAAGAUGGAACCCUAUAACAGAAGAUUGUGACGGCGCCUCCUUCUGCUAGAAACAGUGGUGCCUGUAUAUAUUAUAAUUCUGCUAACAAUCUGUAUGCUUUUUUCCUUGUUGCUGUGUGAUUUGUAUAGAUGAUAACUUUUUGUGCCAACGAAUGCAGGCCCCGCUUGAAAGAUAGCCGGGUCUAUUUUUUGGUAGCACAUUCUGAACGAGAAUAAAAUGUCACUCUAUCGAUAUUA